UAGGAAGCUCUGACAGUCCUAUCCGCAUAUAUCCUAAGCGGUUGAUGACGACUGUGUGUGCAGCAGGUGCUAACGAUAUGGCUCAGGUCUGGGGAGUAGUGAUCCUUGUCCUAACUACGAUGAUCCGAGACUCACUGACCCAAAGGAUCAUUGGGGGCCAAGAAGUCGUGCCUCAUUCCAUCAAGUACCAAGCAUCUCUACAGUAUGAGAGAAAUCACUAUUGUGGAGGUAUCCUGAUCCACCAGCAAUGGGUAGUGUCUGCUGCCCACUGCUGGAGACCGAGCAACAUCAUUCAAGUGGUUCUGAGCGCACAUAAUCUGGCAGUUGAGGACGGAUCUGAGCAAGUGUUCAAUGUGUCCAAGAUCAUAUCCAACCCUACCUACAACCCGAAAACAUAUAAUGGUGACAUCAUGUUCCUGAAGCUGAGCCACCCAGCUGUUCUAAACGCCUAUGUCCAGCCGGCUCCUCUCCCGGAUGACAGCACGCCUCCACUAGAUGCUGGAACCACGUGCACAGUGAGCGGCUGGGGCGUCACACGUAUCUACAGCUUCUACCUGUCCCCUGUGCUCCGUGCUGUGGAUGUGGACUACAUCCCCAACUGCUAUUACUAUUACUACUUCAGGGUCAAUGAGAACAUGAUAUGUGCCGGAUCUCGCUUUGGAGGCAAAGACUCUUGCCAAGGUGACUCAGGGGGACCUCUCAUGUGCAAUGGCUUUCUGGAAGGCAUCGUGUCCUGGGGAAUAGGCUGUGCCAAUCCCUACUUCCCAGGUGUCUACACCAAAGUGAGGAAUUACAACAAAUGGAUUACUGGGAUCAUCACAAGUGACAGUCAGUCCUAAAAAUAAUCAGGAAAGGUUUUAGUUUCAGACUAAACCCAAGUCUCAGUUAUAAGGGACUUCAGCAACAUGCAUAGAAACCAAUACGCUGGAAUCAUGUUAAUUUAUCUUGAACUGGGGAAAAAAACAGCCUUGGCAUAUAUCCACAUGCAUAAUUCAUUAACUAAUUAAAGGCUAGUAAGUUCUGCUGACACAGCAGUGUCUAGAUUAAUGAUCAUAUAAUGUCUAAGCACAUUUUAAUUUCAUCUAUCAUCUAUCAUAUGCCUGCUUUAAUUUGUGAACAUGGCAAUAUGUAGCCUUUUUUCUUUUCUUUUUUUUUUUUUUUCUUACCAAUUAUGGGCAUAAAGCUGAAUAUUUGUAAGUGAUUAUUGUUUAUAUCUCAGAAUAGUAUAAAUAAAGGUUUUAUUUAGGGAUAUUGAAAAAAAAAUCAUGUCAUGGUGGUAAACCACUGUAGUAAACAAAUAUCAGGCAGGCCAUUACUCCAAACCAGGCACACACACACACACACACACACACACAUUCAUUCACACAUAAAGCUUUGUAUGAGACGUGGAGUAUGUGGGAGCUGGAACACAUUCACUGGAUGUCAUUAUAAUCAACUGAAGAUCACAAGAAUUUGCCUACUCGCCAUACAGCAAGUUUAGAGUAGGAGUAAUGGAACAGUUAUUACACUCACUCUUCAUAGAUCGACUCAAUGAGUUCAAUUAAACCUUGCAGGACAAAUUUAAAUUGAUUUAAGAUAAUAUAACCGUGGCUUCAGGGCUUUACUGAAAGCCUGUCAGUAAAGGAUGCACAUUUUCAUCAAUGCAAAAGAGUAAUAAUAAUUCUGAUUUCAAUUCAAUUCAAUUUUAUUUGUAUAGCGCUUUUAACAAUAGACAUUGUCACAAAGCAGCUUUGCAGAAAUAUAUAAAUUCCAGAUAUACAUUUUAAAAAUCUAAUCUAAUCAUUAACGUGGUGUUUCCUGAACUGAAGAUUUUUGUGUACUGUUUGAGUGUUAAUGAUAAACACACAUCGGUCAAAUUAAGGUCAUCCAAGUGCUGAUUCAGUUACACACUGGGUUCACUGUGAGUAAAAAGCUGAGCAAGCAGGGGAAAAUACAACAUUGUCUCUUAUUGUUAGUGAGAUUCUGGAUUAUUUCUAAAGAAUAUCGGUUCAAACGAGUUAAAUGUAAAUUUGCCAUAUGUUCAGUGAUGCCAAAUCAUACAAGCUACUAUUUCUGUUAGAACUGCUGCUACUAUUACUACUGAUAUUAUUGCUACGACUGCUGUUUCUACUAAUACUAUCACUAAUACAACUAUUACUAUUACUGUUAUUACUGCUACUAAUAUUACUGUAUUAUAUAAUAUAUGCUGCUGCUGUUUCUGCUAUUACCCUACUACUCUUACUACUACGACUAUUAUUACUACUACUAUUACUAAUACAACUAAUACUAAUACAACUGUUACUUCACCUACUACAAUUAUUACUAUAACUAUUACACUCCACUACACCUACUACACCUACUACUAUUACUACUGCUGUUACUGCCACUACUACUUCUACUACUACUACAACUUCUACUUUCGAACUCAAAUUUUGCUUUAUUGUCUUCCUCAAUCUUCAGGCAAGAAAAACUGUUCUACUUUUCUAUUCUAUAAUCCUAAACAGUACAAUACACAACAGGACAUACUCCUUUAGUAAGGAUUAAGGAUUAAUAAGGAUGUAAUCACCCCUCUUUUUUUUUACACUGCCCCAAGUAUUCCUUUGGAGACACUUUUUAUUAUUAUUUUUAUUAUUUUUUUUAUUACUUUUUAUUAUCUCCAAUCUCAUAUCGAGAGACAGACAGUCUCUUUGUUCAAAUUCAAACAAUCAUAACCGCAUCUGGCACAGAGAAUCUAUUUUUAAUCAAUGUUUAAUCACAUUUAUAGGCACAUCAGAGUUAUCAUAAACUGUUGUCUGAAUCAGAUCAGAAAUCAGUUUAAUGAUUGAAUUGUGAAGUAGAAGAUAGAAGAGGAGCUCAGUAAUAAAGA